AUGACAAUAGGCGUCGCACUAGCUCAGCAGCGUGUCGUCAAGGGGGGGGUUAUCUCCAAGUCUGACAAUCAGCCUGUCAUCGGAGCUACUGUAUUAUUACAAGGCAAUCAGAAGGUUGGUACUAUAACCGACUAUGAUGGUAACUUUACACUGAAAGUUCCAGAAGAUGCUAAAAACCUUGUGGUGUCCUACGUUGGUUAUGCCAAGAAGGUCGUGGCGAUCAAAGAUGGUUCACUGAAAGUGUAUCUUGAGCAGGAUCAGAAGAUGCUAGAGGAAGUUGUUGCUGUCGGUUAUUCUAAGGCAACAAAACGUUCUUUCACAGGGUCUGCAGUUACAGUAAAAGGAGCGGAAUUAUCUAAGAAGUCUGUAGCUUCAAUUACUCAGGCUUUGUCAGGAGAAGUUCCAGGGGUAAAUAUAGUUAAUACUUCUGGACAACCAGGUUCUUCUCCAGAUGUUUAUGUUCGUGGUGUAGGCUCUGUCAAUUCUAAUGGUCGUGCACCUUUAUAUGUUGUUGAUGGUGUACCUUAUAUGGGGCAUCUUAACUCUAUAAAUCCAUCAGAUAUUGAAUCUACAACUUUGCUUAAAGAUGCUGCCGCAACUUCUAUUUAUGGUGCUCGCGGAGCUAAUGGUGUGGUUGUUAUUACUACAAAAAGAGGUAAAGUUGGUAAAUUCUCAGUUAAUGCUUCAUUCAAACAAGGCUAUAAUACAGCAUCUUUAAUCCCUCGUCACGAGGUUAUUACUAGUCCUGAAGAGUUCAUAGAAAUGGGUUGGGCUGGAGUUAGAAAUCAAAAUAUUUGGUCUCCUCAUAGAAUUGAUGACCCUGCUAACCCAGGUUCUCAGAUUGUGUUGCCUUGGAGUCCUGAGAAUAUAAAGAAAUGGACUGCUGAAAGUAUUGAUGUAGCCAAUAAAAAUAUUUUUAGUGGUUCAGGGGUUAAUCCAAAAUAUAAUAUGUGGAAUGUGCCUGCAGGUAAGACUUUGAUUGAUCCUAAAACAGGAAAGAUUGCAGAAGGUGUAACUCGUAAAUAUACGCCUGAAUUAUGGGGUGAUGAAGCAUUUCAAACAUCUUUACGUACAGAAGGUAACAUUCAGUUGGCUGGUGGAAAUUCUAAGCUAAGAGCCUUUAUGUCAUUAGGCUAUUUGAAUGAUAAGGGUAUCAUCAAGAAUUCUAGCUUCCAACGUUUGACUGGACGUAUGAAUGUAAACUUUAAUCCAUAUAAGUGGUUAACAACUCGAGCAAGUUUGGCUUAUAAUAGAAGUGAAUCGUUUUACUCAGGUCAAGCUGAGUCUACAAGUGAUAAUGUAUUCUCUUAUAUUGAUAAUAUGCCAACGAUUUACCCUGUUUAUUUGAGAAAUGAUAAGGGGGAGAAGAUUCCUGAUCCAUAUUACAAAGAUUCUUUCCGAUAUGACUAUGGUGAUGGUCGUGGUUAUGCUGGGGGAUCUUCUAAUGGUAUUGCUGAUACUUUUUAUAACCCAAAGAGAAAGGUUACUAAUACAGUUGAUUUUAAUAUCGGAGCUACAAUUAAGUUUAUGAAAGGCUUAAGCCUUGAAAAUACUUUAAGUGGUAACUUUGUAUCUGCUCAAUUUAGAGAGAAAACGAAUGCAUUUUAUGGUCAAUCAAGCAGUAAGGGGGGAGUCUUGUGGCACAAGCACGCAUAUGAUUUUUCUAAUAACUUAUUAUCAUUGUUAAGAUACUCAACACGUAUAAAUGAUCAUAAUAUAGAGGCUUUUGUGGCUCACGAAGCAACAAGAUUUACAACAAAUUAUGAUGCAGCCUCUAAGAAAGGUAUGGUUGAUGAUUAUUCAGAAGAAUUUGCAAUGGCUAUGAAGACUGACUUUCCUCCUGGAGGUUAUACUACAGAGUAUGCUCUUGAAAGUUAUUUUGGACAAUUAAACUAUGACUUUUCUAACAAGUACUAUGCAUCUCUGUCUAUUCGUCGUGAUGGAUCGUCUAAGUUUCUAAACAACAAAUGGGGAACGUUUGGUGCUGGUAGUUUGGCUUGGGUUGUAUCAGAGGAAGAUUUCUUGAAGGAUAAUAAAAUCCUUAACUACUUGAAAGUUAAAGCAAGUUAUGGUACUCUAGGACAGCAAAAUGGUAUUAACUUAUAUUCUGGUUAUGAUAUUUACGUUGCUACACCUCUUGCUGAUGAGAUUUCAUUGAAGUUUGAUCAUAGAGGAAAUCCUGAUUUAACUUGGGAACGUUCUUCUAUGGCUCAGAUUGGUUUCGAAGCUACUCUAUUUAAGAAGUUGGAUAUUAAUGUAGAGCUUUAUCACAAGGUGUCAACAGACUUCUUAUAUAAUCGUAGUGUAGCACCAUCUAAUGGUUAUACUUCUUAUAAGGUCAAUGAUGGAGCAAUGAUAAACCAGGGUAUUGAUAUUGAUUUGAAUUAUCGUAUUUUCAAAACAAAAGAUGCUUAUCUAAACUUCAAAAUGAAUGCUGGUUUCCUUGCUAAUAGGGUUUCUAAAAUAGCAAUAGAACCCUCUACUGGUGAACCUAAAUUCUUAGAUAUUGACGGUGUUUAUGGUCGUCAAAGUGGUAGAUCCCUAUUUGACUAUUACUUACAGGAGUAUGUUGGCGUUAAUAAAGAGAAUGGUCAAGCUCAAUGGGUUAUGUAUUAUGUAGAUAAUGAUGCUAAUAAUAAGUUCACUGACGGAGAUCUUGCUAUUCAUUCGUUGGUAAAGUACGAACACGAUAAUCCUCAGGAUAUGUCUAAAGUAAAGAAGACCGUUACAGAGGAUUAUGAUUCAGCAACUAAAAAUUAUGUGGGUAAAUCUGCUUUGCCUGUUGUUCGUGGUGGUUUCACUCUAAGUGGUGGUUAUAAGAGUUUUGAACUAAGUGUUCAAUGCGUGUACAGUCUUGGUGGUUAUGGUUAUGAUAAUAUCUAUGCAAACCUUAUGAAUAAUGGUCAGGUUGGUAACCGUAACUGGCACGUUGAUAUGCGUAAUAGUUGGAAAGGUGUUGGUGAUGAGACUGACGUGCCUCGUAUGACAAAUGGCUUAGAUCCUACUGUAAAUAACCUCUCAACACGCUUCUUAACGUCUAACAGUUUCUUGAAUCUUGCUAAUGUUAGGUUGGCUUAUAAUCUACCUAAGGGGUUAGUUUCAAAGGUAAAUAUGACUAAUGCUAACAUUUGGGUUUCAGGAGAUAACUUAUUAUUACUCUCUGCACGUAAGGGAUACAAUCCUGCAACUUCAAUGACUGGAGCUUCUGAUGAGUUGAGAUACGCUCCUCUCUCUACACUUAGUGCGGGUAUUAGUUUGUCAUUCUAA